AGAGCCGAUUGGAGGGCGAGCGCAAUCCCCGCCCUCCUGAGCAGCGAUUGGCUGUCUCACCUGCCAAUCAGCCCGACAGCACCGCCUCCCUCAGAGCGCGCGCAUGCGCGGUGCGGGAGGACCGGCGGAGGUUUUGUUCCAGAGAAGCUGUGUCCUCGUUCCUGUAUGAAUGUUCCAAGUUUAUUUCAUUUUGCGUUCUUACUGAGAGGGGUGCAAACACCAUCAUGGACACGGUGGAUUUUGAGGAAGCAGCAGCUCUCUCUGCCCAGCCUCCCCUUGCUCCAGGCAGCAAGAAAAAGGAACUCUCUGGAUCUCCUUGAACUGAGGGAGGCAGAAUUAGAAGAACAGUUUGUAAGAGGUGAUGGUCCAGGAGGUCAAGCCACAAAUAAGACAAACAACUGUGUUGUCCUGAAGCAUAUUCCAUCUGGGAUUGUAGUGAAGUGUCAUCAAACAAGAUCAGUGGAGAAGAACCGAAAGAUUGCCAGAGAAAUCCUGCAGGAAAAAGUUGACCUUUUCUACAAAGGUGAAGACAGUGAUGUUUUUAAAGAGAAGAAAGCAUCAGAGAAGCAAAAGCAGGAGAAAAAAAGAAGAGCAAAGGAAAACCUAGAAAGGAAAAAGCUUUUUAAAAAGAUGCAACAAUUGGAUAAGGAAUAAACAUGUGAAAUACUGACUUGCCCUAGCAGGCUCCAGCAGCUUAACCAGAAUUUCUCUUUCGUUUUUGGACAUCACCCUCACCAGCUGCCAUCACGUUUUGGCCUUCAACAAAGACCCAAAGCCAGAGUGUGAAUUUUGAAGGCAGCAGAAGACUUCCAAAACUUCACCACCUUGUGCCUGUGCCAUGG